UUGCUAGAAUCUUAUGUCCCAAAUGUCAGAAUUCAAACAGAACAGUUAUGGGUAGAUGAGGUGAUAAAGAGUUACUGGUUUUACAGAUGUGAAACGCCAAUUUGCCAGAACUUUGGCUAUGUCAAGAAUGGAGUCUGCCAGUGCCUUAUCGACUACACCGGAACAUUUUGCGAACUGCCGGUUUGCACGCAGAAGUACGAUGCCACGUUCACGGAUACAGGAAGAACAUUUGUGAUAAUGCUCGAGACCUCGUACAACAUGGGUAGCACCAUAUUCCAAAUGAAGAAAAAUCUCAAAACUGCAUUGGACAGCAUACAGAAUGAUACCACAACAAAGGGAUGGUUCAGCAAAUUCAUACUCUAUCCGUUUGAU